UUUUUGCGUAAUUUGAGUACUAGAGUUGGUACGACUUCUUUGCGGUCAUUAAGGAGGCUAUGGGGUCAUGCACCAUGGCAACGAGUGUGUAAACCAACAUGGCGGACGAAGAAAAACAGGAGGAAGUUGCAGUGGCAGCAGAAACUCCGGCAGCUACAGAAGACACUGCCCAGGAAGCAGCAGAUGCUCCAGGUAAUGCUGAUGAACCUCCUGCUGAAGAGACACUUCCAAGUCAAGAUGCACCAACUUCUGCAGAAGAAGAAGAAGCACCUGCUGCAGAAGAGGGGGUGACCACAGGUGAAGCAGCUGCUGCUGCAGGUGAGGCUGGUGCAGAGACAGCACCUGAACCUGGAACAGAGACUGCAGCACCUGAAGAUGGGACAGAGACUACAGCACCUGAAGCUGAAGAUUCAGCACCUGCGGCAGAUGCACCAGCUGGUGAGGCUGGGGAAGGAACGGGGCAGGAGGCAGCUGAAGCAGCACAGGAACCCACAGCUGAGCAGACAGAGGGAGAGGCCCAGCCUACUGAAGCCCCUGCUGAGGGGACAGGUGAACCCCAGCAGGCUGACGGUGAAACUGCUGCUGAGAAGUCACAAACACCACCUGCAGAAGGACAGGCAGAGGAGGAUGCUGAGAAGAAAGCCCAGUCCCCCAUACCUCAGAGUGACACCUUUGUGGAAGGUGAGGCUGAGGAGCCACCUGUGCUGGUGAGUGAGAAGUUGUCCAGAGAAGGGAGUCCUGUGGACCAACAGAAGGUAGUGGAGACACCAGUACCACUGGAGCCAGGGACACCAGAGAAGCCAGCCUCACCUGCAUUUGAGGGAGAGAUGGAGGAUAGAGACAUGGAGGGAGAGAUGGAGGAUGGAGAGAUGGAGGAUGAAGAGGAGGAGGAAGAGGAGGAACUGGAACCAGAGUUUGACAGAGAUGAGUUAGUGGAAAAAUACCAGGCUGCCUUGGCUGUGAGAGAGCGGUUACACCAGCAGAAUGCACAGUUGCAGAACAAACUAGCAGAGUACUUCAGGAAGAAAAAGACUGAUGAGAGCAGACAAGACAUGGACAAAAAUGUCACAGACCAGGAGCAGAGAUACCUCAAGUAUAUGUCUAACCUGGAGGAGCUGCACCAUCAGGAGGGAGUGGAGCAGGACCUGUACCAGCAGCAGAUAGAGGACCUGCUGGAGCGGCGGCAGGACAAGGAGAGGAAGGCUGUGGAGGAGUGGGAGAGAUAUCAGGCCUUCAAGAGAGAGGUCGCUCUGACAGCCAUCAACAGCAGGUCCGGCAAGCCUGUCGCUCCCAAGGACGUUGAGCAAAUCCAGGUGAAUGAAACAAAGAAGGAGCAGGAGGUUGCAGCAGUGCGGCUGGAGAACAUCAAGCUGAAGAACCAGCUGAAGAAAAGAGAACUGCAGCUCAAACAGAAGGAGGAGCUGGCCGAGGGGCUGCAUCUCAUCGAUUUUGAACAACUUAAAAUUGAAAACCAAACCUACAAUGAGAAGAUAGAGGAGAGGAAUGAGGAGCUCCUAAAGCUGCGGAAGAAGAUCACCAGCACCGUGCAGGUCCUGACACACCUGAAGGAAAAGUUGCAGUUUGUGCAGGCAGAGAACCAUGUGCAGAAAGGCAAGCUUCGAGAGGUGGAGGAACUUGUUGCCAAGAAAAGAGAUGUGUUGUCAAGAACCAAGCAGGCCAGAGACGCGCUGCGGAUUGACAACAUGCGGCUGCGGCAGAAGUCAGGCCUGCUGGGAAACGAGCCGCUGUUGCGGGAUUACGAGGAGAGGAGGGACGAAGGAGACGGGCUGAAGUUCCGACUGGAGAAUCUGAAGAUGAAACACACAGAGCUGACAAUGGACCUGAACGGAGUCAAGAGGAAGAUUGAUCAAGUACGCUCAACUAGGAUGUAAACAAACGAACCGAACUUGGUUUUUGGGACUUUAAACUUUCUGGAAUGCUACAUUGACAACUUAGCAAGUUUGUUUAGUUUCCUGUAUGUACAAAACAUUGUUACUUCAUUGUCAUUCUAUCUUUAGUGUCUUUACCUAGACUAAUCAAUCUGUGCAAAAGUGAUCCACAUGGACCCCAACACUUUUUCCUGUACCCUCUGAUAUCAUAUAAAAGCUACAUGUAAAUGACUUCAAAUUUGGUACAGGUGUAGCUUGAGUGUAUAUGCCUGUGAUACUUUUCCCUUUGAUGCUUUCUUGGCUUCUCUGUAUGCUAUACACAUGUAUCUGAGCAGUCAGGGUCACUUUGAAAUGUCCUGCACUCAGCCAGAGUAGAAUGUAUUGUGCCUGGGGCUUUCUGUGGUCACUCAGUAUCUUCCACAAACUCAGACUAGACAAGCAUGUAAAAGUAAUGAAAUUCAUCCUGUUAACAUUGGUGAGUGUAUUGUUUGAGUUUUUAUAUCAAUAAUUUGAAUAUUAGGGAAGCUAAAAAUAAGAAUGGGUCCUUAAGAGCAUUUAAGCUACGUGUGUAAUACAAAUUUAGUCAUUAUACAACACAGUAUCCCACUGGGGUCCACAAUUGUCAUGGACCCCAAAUGAAAAGUGAAUACAAAAGUCUUAAAUGCGUGAAACAAAACUGUAAUGUGUAGAACAACAUGCUCUUAGGUGACAAAUAUGCAAAAUAGCACAUAGG